GGCGCGCGCGCAGUACCGCUCGCACCUCGAGAAAACACACUCGUCUCACCUCAACUCGAUAUAUAUCGAUAAUCGAUUUCGACAUCGAUAUUAUUAGUGUAUAUUGAUUUUGUUAAUUCCUUGUGAAAUAAUCUCCUUAUUUUCGAGAGUGCGUGUAAUUGGUUGAUAGAAAGUUGCCGGUUCGCUGUGGACUGGGUGAACAAACGGAUAAACGCAUAUUUAACGAGUAGUGCAGCGCCGACGACGGAAUAACUGUAAGGCUGGGUGUCGUGAAUGCGGUGCCGCAUGGAUGGCGCACGCCUGGCGCUGGCUGGCCGUGUUGCUGGUAGCCUCUCUCGCCACUGCUAAGUAUGCUGAGUUGGAGGCAUGGCGUGGCGCAGGGCGGCCGGCGACGGCGGCGCAGGAGGCCGAGGAUGAGCGACAAGACGCGGAGCUCCUGGCGGCCGUCAGGUCCUCCGUGCAACAGUGGGAGAUGAAGAAAGCUCGCACUAGGAUCAAGAGAUCGCAGGGCUCUGUGUGUUACGGAGAGUUCGGCUGCUUUGAGGAUGCUGGGCCCUUCGCCUACCUGGAGACUCUGCCCAGCUCGCCGCAGGAGGUCGGCACACACUUCUUGUUGUACUCCACGCUCAACAGGGGGGACCAGCCCCUGCUGGCAGUGUCGGCAAGCAACAUGUCUGCGGCGUGGGGCUGGGCCGCGCGGGCCUUCGACUCCUCGCGGCCCACGCGGGUCAUUGUGCACGGCUUUGGGUCCAGCUGCGACAACGUCUGGGUCUACGAGAUGCGCUCCGCCUUGAUGGCUGUGGAGGAAUGCAAUGUGGUGUGCGUGGAUUGGGAGGGAGGCGCAUCAAUGCCGAACUACCUUCGUGCUGCUGCCAACACCAGGCUGGUCGGCAAGCAGCUGGCUAUGCUGUUGGACGGUCUGGCGACCCACAUCGACCUGCGCUAUGAGGACGUGCACUUGAUUGGCUUCAGUCUGGGCGCGCACGUGGCAGGUUUCGCGGGCUCCGAACUCAGGAACAUCAGUCGGAUCACAGGUUUGGACCCGGCUGGUCCCUUGUUCGAGAACCAAGACCCUCGAGCGCGACUGGAUCCUAGUGACGCGAAGUUCGUGGACGUCAUUCAUUCUAAUGGGGAAACCCUAAUCCUGGGAGGGCUGGGCGCUGCGCAGGCGCUGGGUCACGUAGAUUUCUACCCUAAUGGAGGCAGGGUCCAGCACGGCUGUUCUAACUUGUUCGUGGGUGCGGUGUCGGAUCUGGUGCUGCCGUGGUCGGCACCGUCCAUUGAAGGCCGCUCGCUGUGCAACCACCGCCGCGCCUACAAGUUCUUCACCGACUCCGUCUCACCCAAGUGCCACUUCCCCGCCUUCCCUUGCAGCAACUACGACACUUUUCUAGAGGGCCGCUGCUUCCCCUGCGACUCGGAGCGCCGCUGCGGCAACAUGGGGUACUACGCUGACAGGUCGCUUGGUCGCGGACAACUGUACUUGCUCACCAGGGAGGAAGAACCCUUCUGUGCGCACCAGUAUUAUGUUUCGAUUUGGGGCGGCAGCGAGAAUGGUGAGAAGGCGAAUUUCGGAAGAGUCACCCUGACGCUGCACGGAGACUCCGGCCUUAAUGAAUCCUUCCCCAUGACGAGACGCGAAGACGGCGGGUCGGCGGGCAGCGCGCGGUUCACGCGCGUGCUGGUGCCGCACCCCGCGCUGGGCGUGCCGCUGCGCGCGUCGCUGCAGUACUCCGCCUACUCCGGCUGGCUCAGCGCCGCCGCCAAGCUCGUGCUGCUCGACAAGCUGCUCAUAGCCGACAGCUUCGGGAAGACAUCUUCGUUUUGUAAAAGAGGAAUGCCGUUGCAGUCUGAAGAGACGAUCGAGUUGCCUCUAUAUCCAGGCGACUGCCAAAUACAACAGGAUGAACUCCGGAAUAAGUCUAGCAAUAAUGUGAUUCAAGACAACACAACCAAGGCUACGAUAGUGGACCAGAUCGACAACGAGUUGCCGGAGGACGCGCCGCAGCGGCCGUUUGCUUUGGUGGACACAUACGAGUUCACCGGCGGCGCCGACCACGGCCGCGCCUUCGGCAUGACCAACACCAAGACCGCUCCCAGCGGCAUUGUCGAAAUCGCUGAGCCUGUCCUGAGGCCUCGCCCGCGCAAGGCCCCUAGACAACGAGCGGAUUCCCCUGACGACCUCCACGAAAUAUCCGAACCUCUAUUACGACCCACUCAACCCCCACGCUCCACCACACCACCCCCUAUUCGAAAAGGCAAAAACUACGACAUUUCCACCACGCCCACUUAUGAAGCUAUGACGUGGGACGAUCGAGCGGAGAAAGAGGAGUCGAGUUUCGCAGUUCAAUUCCUGCCAGCGAGAUUGGCCUCGUUUAUUUCUAGAGCAGAAAGAUACGCCCGGGACACGCUCUUGCCGCUGGUGUCGGCGUACGCUCCGCGCUUGCCAAUAUUCGGGUCUAGAGAAAUGCCAAAGCCGACCGCCAGGUACAUUCCUACUGAGGAUCUCAACGUCACCAGCUCAGUGCCGGUGCCGACGCCCACGUUGGAGAUGAAAAUAGAAUCCCUGCGGGCCAUGGGGCCGCCCGGGGAGAAACGUGAUAUCGAAUCUCCAGAGGAGCCCGACGUCCCUGUAGCUGUUUCGACGACGACUACUACAUCGACGACAACUCCCACGACGACGAUGGAGAAGCUGCGGGCGGCGCCUACUGAGAUGCUGAAGGUGGUGGCGGCGCCGGCCGCGGCCAGCAGCACGGCGCUGCCGCCGGUGGCGCUGCGCAGCUCGGGCGAGAAGCUGGUCAUCGUGUACCCCAGCGGCGCGCGCGACGAGCGCAUGAUCCGCUCGCACUCGUACCCCGAGGAGUUGCAGUUCGAGGCGCUAUACCACCGCGCCAGCUCCCCCGCCCCGCUACGCGUGGAGCUGCCCACGUUCCCGCCCCCGCCCCCGCACACCGCCCCGCCCCCGCCCCCGCACACCACCCCGACCGCACCCGCACCCGCCGCCGACGCCCGCUACAUCCCGCUCCCGUUCCCUAAAGGCAAACUUGCGACAGACUCCAAACCGUUCCCCACGUGAAAACUGAGAUUGUAGACUAAUUUGGUGCCUGUAUAUAAGUAAUGAGAUCUCUAAAUUCCAAUUCGACUACUAGUAUUCUAGCCAUUAGUGCGAAUUUUAGAUAUAAGUUCGAUUGCCGAUAUAACUUCUGAUGUAUAAAUUCCUAUAAUUGUUGAUCAACUGAAUAUCUGCGAGUUGAACAUAUUUAAUUAUGUAAAUAAUUUUAACUUUUAAUUAUAGCAUAAAAAUAAGAUAAGCUUUUUGUAAAAUAAAACCUUAUUUAUUAAUGA